GAAAGGGUGUCCUCCGGACUCGUAACGAGGCGGUCGGUCGGAAUGGGCACCCGCGCCGGCGGCUCGUCGUGUCCGCACGUGGUGGCGUUGAAGGAGUCGCGCGGGUUGGACACCUUUCGGAUCAUCCUCUCCAACUUCGUCUACUGCAGGUCUCCCCGCGCUCGCCGCCUGAAGGCCCAGUCCUGCAUAUGUCACGACUGUGCGACUACUGCUGACCGGCUGCAUUGCUGUCUAGAUUGUGUGUACUUUGGUUGUUAUGGCAACCAACACAUCCAGGAACAUGCCAAAUCUCAUAGACAUCACUUAGCUUUAGACCUUUCCUAUGGGGUGCUACUAUGUGGGACAUGUGGAGACUAUGUUUAUGACGAAGAUGUCAAUAAAGUCAUACACGAGGAGAAAUACAGGGCAACACAAGGUACUCAUGCCAAUGGUACUGUAGCAUGGCAGCCAUCAUCCAAUGAGCUCAACCUGCUACAACACAACCCUAAGAGAAGGAAGAUCACACACAACUCUACAAUAGGUUUACGUGGCCUGAUCAACCUAGGCAAUACCUGCUUCAUGAACUGCAUAGUACAAGCCCUGAUGCACACGCCUUUCCUGCGCGACUUCUUCCUGUCAGACAAGCACGAGUGUCUGAUGAUGCAGAGUCAGAACCACUGUCUUGUCUGUGAGAUGUCCAGGCUCUUUCAGGAGUUUUACUCAGGUUGUCGCUCCCCCCAUGUUCCAUUCAAGCUGCUGCACCUGGUGUGGACACAUGCACGGCACCUGGCAGGUUAUGAACAACAAGACGCACAUGAGUUCUUCAUCGCUGCCCUAGAUGUUCUACAUAGACAUUGUAAAGGUGACACAGACUACUCAAACCACCACAACCCCCACCACUGCAACUGUAUCAUAGACCAGGUCUUCACUGGAGGUCUUCAGUCAGAUGUGACAUGUCAGGCAUGCCUAGGUGUAUCAACAACAGUGGACCCAUUCUGGGACAUCUCCCUGGACUUGGGAACCAGUAUAGCGCAGGCAGACUCUCAGGAUAUACUGACUGCAGGGUUUCUGACGGCAGGUGCUAGUGCCAUUACAAAUGGUAUCUCCUACACAUCUACCUCAUUGACAGAUUGCUUGAAAAGAUUUACUCGGCCUGAGCAUCUAGGCUCCAGUGCCAAGAUCAAGUGUAGUCACUGCCACAGCUACCAGGAGUCCACUAAGCAGCUCACCAUGAAGAAGCUACCUGUUGUAGCCUGCUUUCACCUUAAGAGAUUUGAACACUCCACUAAGUUCAGACGGAAGAUCAGCACAUUUGUGUCCUUCCCUGUGGAACUAGACUUGACUCCAUUCAUGGCCCAUAGACGAAACGGUCUGGACACAUUCAGUAUAUCCCCAGGGGAGAUGUGCCCUACACCAGCUAGUAACGAAAACAGAUAUUCCUUGUUUGCUGUUGUAAACCACCGAGGUUCCAUAGACUCUGGCCACUACACGUGCUUCAUCCGCCAGCACCGCGACCAGUGGUUCCGCUGCGAGGACGAUAUUAUCACCAAGGCCACCGUUGCAGAUGUAGUCAAUAGUGAAGGGUACCUUCUGUUCUAUCACAAGCAGCUGGUGGAGUAUGAGUGACCUAUGACCCACUGAUGCCAAAGGCUGAUGUACCAACAGGAACUGUCCAAUGUCUUUUGCACCAUCAACACACCUUAAGUUUUUCUUUCUUUCUUUUCAUCUCUUUUUGUGACCAUCUUUUCUUUUUGUGAUCCAUGACCAUCUUGGGGAAAUAUCUGCUGAAUAUUAGUGCAGAGAUUUAUAAAUUUCUUGUCAUCAAUGAAAUUACUUGAGGCCAGACGUAACUUUAAAGAUUUGAUAAGAGUUGCAUUUAGUAUAAACCUGCUCUGUCUCUCUGCUCUGCUAACUGAAAGAAAUAGUCCUGAUGUUAAAGUGAGUACUGUAUUGUUGCACCUCAGUUGUGCAUGUCAUCUUUGGUGGUGCUGUAAGUUUAACAUACAAGAAAUGAGCAAGCUGAUCCGCACAAUUCCUUACUGCUGUGUUACUGUCCUGAAAUAUUCGUUCCUCUUCUACAUUCUAUUGGAAGCAGCAGAGGGUCUUUUGAGAGACAAUUUUUGGGAAAGUUACAAAUGCAAUCAUGGCACUGGAAUUGUAAUAACAGACGUUUCCACUUUUGUUUUGAACCAAACACUGCAGAAACAAUGCACAUUCUUUUUUUUUAAAACAAGCCAACUUUAUACAGCUGAAACUAAUGAUAAUAGAAAAGAUAGAAGAACAAUUCUUAACAAUAGUGAGAUGAUAGAGAAUUAGUAGAUAUGACUACUGCUGUGGCCUUACCGUCACAAAUCAGGGGUACUAUGGUUACACACAGAAGAAUAAUGGAUUCUGUUCAGGGCCAUUUUUGGUGAUACCUCAGGGGUGGAUCCCUUCUCUGUUUCUCUUAGCCAAGUCUUUGACAGUGUUUCUAAAGGUAUUUUUUUCCACGACAUAUCCAACACUACCAAAGACAACUUGCCAAAUGUGUGUCUGUAGUUUGAGGAUUUUCCUGCCACCUGUUUUUUUCUCAAUCUUGUCAAAUGAACAUUUGUCUAGUUUUGACGUGUCCAUUUGUUUCCCUGUUUCAAGGUCCUCUUUUUUUGCUGCCUUUGUAGUAUUGUACCACUCUGCUUCUUUCAUUGCAAAAGACAGACGUACCCUGAAUAUCGUGCCAUAUCAAGUUUGCAAUGUUAAAUGAGAAGAAACCCUCUGAUAAAGUGUUGCUGUGACUUCAUACAACAACAAAAUCAUCCUAUGGAUGAGUCACAUCUGUAAUACAUCCUGAAGAAAGGCAAAUCCAAUAGAGUGGGUUACUGUCUGUGAUCAUGUGUUAAAAAAUGAUGAAAAUGUAUAGUUGCAAUUUCUGCUGCCAGUAAAGUAACAAAGUGAUAUGGUAAGCAGCAAUUUGGUAGAAGAUUAAACCCUUACAAAUGCUACGUAAUGGUUGAAUAGCUCACAGUGCCAGUGCUUUUGGGACCUUAGUUUGAUAGAAAGAAAAUAGAAAAAAGAGGCAUAAGACUCAAACAAGCCCUGAAGAGUAACAAAUAUGAGUCUCUUUGUGCCAGAAAAAAUUGACUUCAAGGCUUCUGUGAAACCUGUUGUAGGGUAAGGUUUCAAAAGCAUUGGAAUGGUGGGUUAAUAAGAUUAGAUGAUGUGACCUGUUUUUCUGAUGACAUGAAACUACUCAAAAGGCUGAAAUAUGUUUCCCCUGUAUCAGUUACAACAUCCAUGUACCUGACAAAAAUGGAAAAUGUUGAAAUGAGUGUUAAAAGGCACAUGACUCUGGAGUUGUAGGGCACCAAGUGUUUACCAUUACUUUGGAUCCCGGCUCACCCUCAGAAGGAGUAAAUGUUGGGAGAACAUUUACAUGCUGCUAUGACAUAAUACAAGAAUUACUGCAGGGAUCUAUGUACAAGUCAGGAGGAGUAGCAUGUCAGUGCACACGGCACUUUCUGCUACUAAUAUCAGAAGACAUUCAGCUGGCAAGCCUACCUAUCCCUUGUGUGCAUCCUUGUUGUUCCGUCUUCCACACGUUGUAUAAAUCAUUUAGAUCAUCAAUGUCCACAUGUUGCAUCUUAUGACUGGAGUAAAAGUACAGAAAGAUGUCAGUGAGACUAUCAAGUCACAGCUUGCCAAUAUAUUUUGUAUUUUUUUUUUCAUUCAGAAAAGUUUCUUUUUUGUACUUUAAGAUUACAACUGAAUUUGUUUCUUAUAUACUUGCAAAUCCUAUUUUUGGACCAAACUUACGCUGACUAUAUGAGUUGCAUAUAUGUGUGCAUUCCAUUGUAUCUGAAGAUCUCUUGCACUAGGGAUUAUAGUGAGCCUUGCUAGUUGUGCAUAUGUGACAAACGGCCUGUCCCGAAGUAUUGUUUUGUGCGUCCAUUGAGAUGGCUGAGAUACUUAAAACAGAAUUAUUAUGUGCAACAGCAUGUAAAAACAAGAGAUUUUGCCAUAUCUUGACUAUGAGAUGUUUAUAGUAGAAAAGUCAUUUUGCAAUAAACGCAUUUCCUUUAUCA